GGGAGGGGCUGAUAUGUACCAACUUGCUGAAGGGCAAGGCUUUUCAGGGCAUGCUCUCCCUUCCUGUGAAAGUUUGUCUUUUCAGUUUUCUUGCUGCAGGUUGUGAACAGGCAAUAUUGAGAAUUUUCUGCAGUAGAGACAUUGUUGUGCUUAGAUCUGGGUCAAGCGUAUUAACUUCCUGGGGACUGUGGAAUGCUGAAGCCCAUUAUCAGAUGCACAGCGUUGGGUCCUGCCUACUCCUGAAAAUCCACCACGCUGUGGGGACCCAGCUGAAAACCAGUGUUGUUGGCGUUGUCAGUGUAGACGAGACAACCGUAUUUUGUGUGACCGUGUUCACCACUCGCGCCACGGCCUUGCGGACUCGUAGUGCAGACGAGCUGGAGAACUGUGGUGAAAGGCCUAAAGACGACCUGCUGCCAAAUUAAAGUGAGUGGUCCAUCGAGGAACCCCAACAUGUCCAGGAAAGGGAGCUGGCAGUGAAGCAGAAAGCAUAUUAUUCUCCAUUAAAUGUUGUGAAGUGUGUCUCCUAAAGAGCCUCCAGCAUGGGUGAUGACAUGAGCAUAAAGUUUCACCAGCAGCUUCUAGUCAUUGAUGAAAACCUGGGAACUGAAGAAGUGGAGGCCCUGAAAUUUCUCUGUAGUGACUUGCUGUCCUUCAAAAAGCUGGAAGCUGUAGAAUCAGCUCAGGACAUCUUCCAGCUCCUCAUGGCUAAGGAUUUUCUGAAUAAGGAAGAUACUUUCAUAGUAGCUGAGCUUUUGUACAGGAUUAGGUGUCACUUCCUGCUCCAUAAACUUGGCUACACUAAGGAGACAGUGCAAGAAAAUCUACCCUGGAAAGGGAAGGUAUCUCGGUACAGGCAGAUGCUGUAUGAACUGUCAGAGGACAUCACCAGUGAGGAUUUAAGAAGAGCCAUGUUCCUCUUGAGGAACCAGCUCCCAAAGAAGCUGACAAAUAUGUCCAGUCUAGAGCUGCUGAACUUUCUGGAAAAACAAGACCAUUUAGCAGAAAACAACCUGCAAAUACUGGAGAAAAUCUGUAUGGAAAUUUCACCUGAUCUCCUGAAAACAGUAAACAAAUACAAAAUGGAAAGAGUUUCUCUAGCUCAGCAGGAAAGCAGUCUGCCAGUCAAAGAAGCUGCAUCACUUCCCCAUCACAUCCCUGAAGGACUGUGUCAUUCUGGAGGUGAUGUCAGGCUAUUGACUUCCUCACAGGAGACCCCUAUCAAAUCUCUGGAUUCUAAUAUUUAUGACUCUGGGAGCCUGCGGGAACAUGCUGGGAGUGUGUAUUUCAUAGCUGCCAGACAAGAUGACAAAGCAGUAAAUGUUAUUCAAGGCAUCUCUGAACUAAGCCAGGAACAACCUGCAAGGAUCAGUAACCCAGAAAGCAAAACGGAGAAGCUGAUGACCUAUAAAAUGGAUGGGCCACACAGAGGCUAUUGCCUCAUUAUUAAUAAUUUUAACUUUACUGGGACUCUUCAGAUGAGGAGAGGAUCUGAUAAAGAUGCUGAGAUGCUGGUGCAAGUGUUUACAUGGCUUGGUCUGGAUGUGAAGACUUAUACUGAUAAGACAUCGGUAGAAAUAGAAAAUCUCAUGCAGGAAUGGCAGUCGAAAGAUCACAGAGAGAGGGACUGCUUUGUAUGCUGUAUUCUAUCUCACGGAGAGUCAGGAUUGGUCUAUGGGACAGAUGAACAAGAAGUACCAAUCCGCAAGAUCAUGUCCUACUUCACAGCCAGCCAAUGCCUACAGCUGGCUGAAAAACCCAAACUCUUUUUUAUCCAGGCAUGUCAAGGCAAAGAGAUACAACAGGCUGUCUACAUUGAAUCAGAUGCACAGAAUCCUGACUUGCUUCCCGUACAGCAACUAGUCUCCCCUUUCGAAAGCAUUCCAGAAGAAGCUGAUUUCCUCCUUGGCAUGGCCACAGUGGGUGGCUAUGCAUCUUUCCGCCACAUACACCAUGGUACUUGGUACAUUCAAGCCCUCUGCAAUAAGUUACAGCUCUUGGUACCAAGAGGUGAAGACAUCUUGUCAAUUCUUACUGAAGUCAAUGAAGAUGUGAGCAAACGUGCAGACAACUUGGGAAGAAAGAAACAGAUGCCCCAGCCAGCCUACACCUUGAGGAAGAAACUGAUAUUCCCAGUGCCUAGAAGUCCACCCCCAUUACAAUAGCAAUAGGGUUUUUUUUCUGUUCAUUUACGAUCCCAUCUUGCAUUGGAUAAGCCAGCGCUCUUCUUAUUAAAUCAGGUGGAUGGUAAAUGAUUACCAUUCAGGAUGAGGUCUUCCUGAAAUCGCUAACACGUGGAGCCAAAGAAGAGUGCCAUAGGUACAACCAGUGGGCCAACUGGUCACAAUGUCUGUGUUUUCGGAAAUGACUGGUGGUGGUGGGGUUUGCUGGCAAUCUGAAUAAAUACAGACUUUUGCAAGCACUUCUGGGUUUCUGCAGGUGAAAUAGGUGCUGCGUGGGUUACUGUGGACACAAUAGGUGCAGAUGACUUUCCAUAGCUAAACCAGAGGGGUGUUAAUGAUCUGUUUUAAGACCAUGGUUCUUUUCUCUGUACAUUAAUGAUUUGGAAUCCUGCCAGUGAGAUCUCUUAUCAUGUGGAACAGUCGCCAAAAUCAGAAUGGACAAGACACCAGCAAAUGUGGUGUAGGGACCUAAUCCUACAGUGACAAGUGGACGUUGGUCUAUUCCCUCUCAAAUUUAAAUGAUUUACACUCUGUGGAGCCACUAGAUUCCUCAUGUAAAGCAUUUAUUAAUCCCAGAGUGCAUGCUGUUGCCUUAAAACUGGAUGUUAAUUUGGUAUGUGGUUGGUUUAGCAUUCAUUGUCCAAAAUCAAAUAGUUCCAGCAGCACAAAAUCUGCAUUAUUGCCUCCUGUAGGAAACCAGCUUUCUCACUGCCUUAUCAGAGGGUGGGGUGGGGGCUAUGGUUCAACAUGAAAGAGCCGCUGAUUAUCAUUUAUCUGUCAGAUGGGGCAUCUAACACUGCAGUGGACACAACAGGUUUUGGUUAGCUUUGUUUUUAAGCACAAAUGUCUAUAGGGAUUAAUUUCUCCAUUAUUUAUAAAGACCACCACAAAUGUGGGUAUGUGAGAAAUGGGUGAGAGCUGGGCUGGAGCAAAACUCCUGUCUUUGGGGUCAGAGUGACUAUAUCCCCUGUUCCAGUGUGAGUAGACUAGAGUCUGUAAAAUCCACCUUGCAGGACUGUCCUGUGAGAUUAGAAGUGAAAUUCAGUGUAUGGUAAAAUCUUCAGUGGUGCAUCUCUUACCUGGAUGUCUUUUUACUUGUUUCUUUUCCAGGGGUGUUAGUGUCCUCAUGUGGUGACCGGGGUGUAUGGCAACAUAAAUGGAAAUUAAUUGGCAAAAUACAGCCAUCUUUGGUUUAGAAGGCAGCAGCCAGCUUUGUAUAGCAGUGAGAUGGAUUUUGGGGAGAGGGAAAAUUUUGGCCAAGGAGAACAGGGCAAUUCCCUAGUCCCAUAAAACAUGCAGUGGGAUUUUUAGCGUGUACAUACAGCAGACAAAUCCUCAGUAUUUUUUAGGAUCUCAAUCUGAGACUCCUCCCAUACAAUAAACUGCAUAAAACUCAUCUUAUCUACCUCAAAGACAAGUAAGGUCAAUUGGACCCUGCUGGGAUAUGAAUCUGUGGUUCCAGAAAUGCUAGCUGUUUCAAACUUUAUGCUCAGAUAAAUCAUCUCCUGCAUGUAUAGUAAAAUGCUGCUAUUUUAAUAAAAGCUGGUAACAUUUAUUUUUCAGCAGCAUAGUUUUUGCAAUCCGAAACACCAUUCCCAAGAAAAAUAAUCUUCCCCGCUUCACCCAGAAGUGAGCCGUUGAAGUGAAGGAUUAGGGCUGGGUUUUAAGAGGCCUGUGUUCAAUUCCUUGUUUUGCCUCAGACUUCCUGUGUGACACUGGGCAAGUCACUUAAUCUCUCUGUGCCUCAGUUCUCUGUCUGUGAAAUGGGGGGAUAAUAGAAUUGCCCUACCCUGUGCUGGUAUGGGGGGAUAAAUUAACAUUUGUGAGGUGCUCAGAUACUUUGGGGUGGGGAGAAAGCUAUAUAAAUAUCUAGACAGAUAGACCUGGAUCCCAGGCCACAAAAUUUAAAGAGAAGAUACUUUGGAAUAAGCAAGACCCCAGUCCUGUAAGGUGCUGACGCCCCACUAGUCCUUCUGAAGUAAAAGGGAAUUUAAGGGGUUCUCCACCUCACAGGAUUGGGUCUUUAUUUGCUUUCAAGGCAGAGACUUUAUCUCUGUCUGUCUGUGGAGUUCCAUGUACACUAUGGCACUGUAGAAUAAAUAACCCAUGUUGAAGCCAUUUAGGAAGCUGGUGCACUCUGUCUCCUCAGGCUUCUUUAGCAGCUCCAUCACACCUUCCUUACUAGCUUCUACACCCUAAACAGCCGAGCAGAGGGAAAGAGGCAGCUUCAAAGCUCUUUCCACACUCUUCCCCACCAGGCACUUGCUUUGCUCUUCUGACUUGCCUUCCAAAUGGUUUUUGGGGGGAGAUUAUCAAAACCUUUACCCAGGCUUUACUUGACUCUUCAGUGCUGCUGAUGAGUUCAUUAUAGAGAGAGAGGCUGCACAGUCUCAUUCACGCUAAUCACAAACACCAAAAGAAAAACAUUUCCUAGUCAGAGAUGGACCUGCUCUGUUGGUAGGUGGUGAUCCUGUGUUUCCUGGAAAAUAGCCUUCCCUCUGGGACUCUGUAAGUUCCCUAGCCACUUUAAUCAUUACUAGCCAUUCCUCUGGCCAAACAGGUAUGGAGGGGGUUCUGUUUUCAGUGCUUCAUUUAAUUAGCCAGAAGAAUUGAGUAUGUUACCUCCACUACAUUUCCAACUCAUGCUAGAAUAGAGAGGAAGGUCCAGUAAUAUUAAACCCUGGGACUGCAUUAUAGUAGGGCACACAAGCCUACCACUAGGGUAGAAACUUAAGUAAUUUCUAAAAGGUUAUAUAUUCCACCAAAUUUUUUCUCUUAUGCCUGUAGCAGAGAUACUUCUGAUGGUUGUCUCCAGUUAGAACAACUUUUUUGGCCCAGUUUCGAGUUUGUGAGAUGGUCUUCUAGGUGGUGGUCUGCUUUGGCUAAGCCUCUAGAUUUUCUUAAAACACUCUGUCCAAGUGACAGCUCUUGGUAGUUUUCUUUUUAUUGGAACAUUGUGCCAAGAGUAUUGUCACAAUGUCAUAUUUUGUUAUAAGCAUUUAUUUUGCGUACACUUUUGUAUUUGCAAUAUAGUGCGAUGUUUGUGCUAGCCAAAUACGAAGACUUCAGCCUAAGUUCUCCCAUUGUCUACAGCUGGCCAACAUUGCUCACUUCAGUGGCCAUUGUGAAUGUGGCCCAAAAUGUCUUAUCUACUCCAAGUUCAGCCCAUAAUUCCAUUAACUGGAGAGCAGCUCAGGUUCAUUUGCUGAGGCAAAAUAACGGCACUCUCUUUUUAACAGUAAGCCGGUGGUACCCUGGCCAGUGGCAUCUUCAUUUGCAGGCUGAUGGGGCCUGCCUGUGAAUUGUAAUCUCUAUAGCAGGUUUUCUCAAACUUCAUUGCAUCAUGACCCCCUUCUGACAACAAAAAUUACUACAUGACCCCAGCCUGAGCCCUGCCUCUGGUGGGUGGGGUGGGGGGAGAGAAGCCAAAGCUUGAAGGCUUCAGCCUUGGGCAGGGGGGGCUGUAACCUGAGUCUUGCCGCCCAGGGCUGAAGCCCUUGGGUUUCGGCUUCAGUCCUGGGCAGUGCAGAUCUGACUUAGACUUCAGCCCCAGGCCCCAACAAGUCUAACGCCAGCCCUAGCACCACCAUUAAAACAAGGUUGCCACCCACUUUGGGGUCCCAACCCACAGUUUGCGAACCACUGCUCUAUAGUAUGGCAAACAACCCAGUCCUCCUAUUCUGGCUAUGGUCGAGCACUCAGGAAUGUGAAAGGUUUAAAAGAGCAAUGUAUAUAUGUGUGUUGCAUCCAACCUGAAAGUGCUGUUCUGUUAAUAUUGCUUCCAUUAGUAUUUGUGUUAAAUAAUAUAAGUUUUACUGGUGCUGACGUGGACUAAUCACAGGUAUAGAGCUCUGGGGUUUGUGUGUCAGGAAGAUGUUUCAAGAGGUCUGGGCAGAGUUCUGUGGAAGCCUGAUUACAUCUCUGUUUGUGCUCGAUAGAUAGGGAACACCUCCUUGCUCUGUGUCCUUUCUCUGGAGAGAGCUCUGCACAGUUAUUUUCCAGUUAAAGUACCAAGGUGGUUAACAGUGGGCAGACGGUCCUAGGUUGCCUCCCAUCUUGAUUUAUUUCCACAGGACUGUGCCUGUAGAUUGGUAACUUCAAUUUAUGCUACUGCCACAGUUUCCCCCCAUAGUUAGGGCUUGUCUACACGUGCAUGUUGCACCAGUAUCAUUGGCACUGAGUUACUUAAAGCCAUACAACUAUUUCAGUGGGGUGUGUUCACACUGCUGUGCUUACACCGUAGUAUGGCACAACCCUUAUGUGCAUGUAGCAGCAUGCUGCACUGAUGUGAGCAGUGCAGUGUGGGUGGGUAUCUCAGGGUCCCUUGAACCACCUGAGCAGCAAAGUUCAGAAAAGUUGCCAGGCAGGUCAAUAGAGCUCGCGCCAAUAACCAACAUUUCUCCCCAAGUUUCUUUCUUUAAGACCCAAAAGGGAGUGAUAGGUGGAAUAGCCUGUCCUCUCAUUAUUUUGUCCACCAAUUAGACCUAGCACACUAAUUUUAGUUCAUUGAUUUCCAAUUCCUCAAUGUUUUUGUUUACCAGGAAUGACCUUAACACAGUCCUUGAAUAACAAUGGUAAUCCUUUUUGUUUCGACUAAUUCAGUUUUUGUCUCGCUUUUGCACCUUUUUCCAUCAAUAUUUGUUGUUACAGGUUAUUGUGAUGUUUUACACUUUUCAUAGUUGAGCUCACAGUUAAGGUAGGCCCAAUUACCACUACAGGGGACUUUGGGCAACAGAGAACAAUAUGGAAAAAAAAUAGGAAUUUAGUAGUGAAACUGGUGGGAUACACAGAGGAAGAGAGGGGAGGUAGCCUGGACCCUGGAAAAAGAAGAUGCCCCUGAAAUUGCUGCAGGUGGUAAAAAACCUGCCCCAGAAAGAACUGUGUGCGCAAACGAACAACCAAGAGUUGUCCAGUUAGCAAAUAAAAUAACUGUUUCUCCGCCA